AAUGUCAGCAAAAGAGUUAUUGUUAAAGUAUAUAUAAAUUGGAAAAGCACGCAAAAAUCAUAUUUUAGCCGGCUGGAAAUCUAAUAACAAUAUUGAAAAUGACCGCUUUUGAAGAAUUUGGCGUGCUAUCAGAGCUGGGCAAAGCAACAGAUGAACUAGACUGGACGCUGCCUACUGAUGUGCAGGCUGAGGCCAUACCGCUCAUUUUGGGUGGCGGUGAUGUGCUUAUGGCCGCCGAAACAGGCUCUGGAAAGACUGGUGCAUUCUGCUUGCCUAUAUUGCAAAUUGUUUGGGAAACACUUCGUGACUUUGAAGAGGGUAAAUCCUCUAAAGCAGCUGGCGCAGGCAAAACAGCAACUGCAACAGCUUGGACUAUGUCGUUUUUUGAUCGCACUAAUGCGUUGGCAGUAACACCAGAUGGACUUCGCUGUCAAUCGCGUGAGUUUAAGGAAUGGCAUGGCUGUCGCGCCACCACUGGUGUCUAUGGCAAAGCAAAAUUCUAUUACGAGGCUAUUGUAACCGAUGAAGGGCUCUGCCGCGUCGGUUGGUCCACCCAAAUGGCCAAUUUGGAUUUGGGAACAUGUCGUUAUGGCUUUGGAUUUGGCGGCACCGGCAAAAAAUCUAACAAUCGUCAAUUUGAUGACUAUGGCGAGGCCUUUGGCAAGGCAGAUGUAAUUGGCUGUCUGCUGGAUAUGCAAAAGCUGGAGAUAAGCUUUACUAAAAGUGGUGUGCCAUUGGGUGUGGCCUUUAAAAUACCAGAAAAUCUUCGUAAUGAUACCUUCUAUCCAGCGGUGGUGCUCAAGAAUGCCGAGAUGUUGUUCAACUUUGGCAAAACAGAGUUUAAGUAUCCACCAGGGAACGGUUAUGUGGGUGUCUGCCAAGCAGGCGCAGAUCAUAUCGCACAAAAUCCCUUAGCUAGCGCCAAUACCCAUGCCGCAGCUGCAAAGCCCGCACCCAAUGCACCACAGGCCAUUAUCAUUGAACCGAGCCGCGAGCUGGCCGAGCAAACAUACAAUCAAAUUGAGAAACUCAAAGUGUAUCUAAACAAGCCCGAGGUACGUCCGCUGUUGCUCAUUGGAGGUGUUCGUCUUGAGGAGCAAAAGUCCAAGCUGCAGCAGGGCAUACAUAUAAUAGUAGGUACACCUGGACGCUUGGAGGAGCUUAUCAAUAGUGGGUUUGUACAGCUGACACAUUGUCGCUUCUUUGUACUGGACGAAGCGGAUGCGCUGCUGAAGCAAGGCUAUACGGAUCUCAUUGAGCGACUGCACAAGCAAAUACCCAAGCUCACCAGUGAUGGUACUCGCCUGCAAAUGAUUGUCUGUUCUGCCACGCUGCAUGCCUUCGAGGUGAAGAAAAUGGCCGAGCGUUUAAUGCACUUUCCCACUUGGGUGGAUCUGAAAGGCGAGGAUGCAGUGCCCGAGACAGUGCAUCAUGUGGUCUGUCUAGUAGAUCCUCAAAAGGACAACAGUUGGCAUCAGCUUCGCGAGGCACUGCGGACCGAUGGCGUGCACGAUCAUGAUAAUGUGCAUCCUACAAAUUGCUCCCCCGAAACGCUCUCUCAGGCAGUCAAACUGUUAAAGGGCGAAUAUUGUAUAAGUGCCAUAGAAAAGCAUAAGAUGGAUCGAGCCAUUAUAUUCUGUCGCACCAAGCAGGACUGCGAUAAUCUGGAGGAACAUCUGCGUCAGCGUGGAGGGCAGCGGUUUUCCUGCGUAUGUUUACAUGGCGAUCGCAAGCCUCAAGAGCGCAAAGAGAAUCUGGAUCUGUUCAAGCGGCAGCAGGUAAAGUUUCUAAUCUGCACAGAUGUGGCUGCACGUGGACUGGACAUAACUGGCUUGCCAUUCAUGAUUAACAUAACACUGCCAGACGACAAGGCCAACUAUGUGCAUCGCAUUGGCCGUGUGGGACGCGCUGAGCGCAUGGGCUUGGCCAUAAGUCUGGUAUCUACGGUGCCAGAAAAGGUCUGGUAUCAUGGUGAAUGGUGCAAGACGCGUGGACGCAACUGCAGGAAUACAAAUUUGACUGAUGUGCGCGGCUGCUGCAUGUGGUACAAUGAGCCCAACUUGCUGGCCGAGGUGGAGGAUCAUCUAAACAUAACCAUACAACAGGUGGACAAAUCUUUGGAUGUGCCGGUGAACGAUUUUGAUGGCAAGGUGGUUUACGGCCAGAAGAAUCUUAAUAUGGGCACGGGCUAUCAGGAUCAUGUAGAGCAACUAGUGCCCACUGUACGCAAACUGGCAGACUUGGAAUUGCAAUCACAAUCUUUAUUCUUGAAACGCUUAAAAGUCUAAAGUGGUUCGAUUUUGGGUUGCUACGC